AGGCCCAGGGAACCCCGUACUAAGUCUGUGGACGGCUUGUUCUUUGCUCCUGGCAGUGUCUGGUGUUUACGCGAGGACCAGGGGAGGGGUAAGAACGUCCGGGCUCGGUUCGUGCUUUUAUUCUCUCCUUUCCCUGAAGGGAUGAAAAUUCAGUAAGUCUCAAUCCAUCUCACAAACAAGAGGAUCCUCUCAUGAGCCACCGGGCAGAAACCAAACCCGCGCCCGCACUUCUCUGUGGACCUAUGUGAGGAGAGGGACAAAAGAAACUAAAGCGAAGAGUAUACAGCAGAGAGAGAACCCAGGGGCGUGUAAAGCGCAGCAGCGCACCUCGCUCUCCCCCAGCUCCCGCGUCGCCGCGUCCAGCGGGCGGGGCUGAGCGCCCCUUCCGGGUUGCGGGCGGAAGUGGGCGAGUUUGAAUCGUGUGGGCCGUUGCAUGGGGCAGCUCGCGGAUGGCGUGUGGCGCAGCGCGGGAAGGGAAAAGUGACGCGGCCGCCCUGGAACUUCUGCCCAGCGCGCCUCGUACAAUGAAUGAAAAUAAACCUGGUGGGUCACAGAAUCUUGCUUGUGUUUUCUGUCGAAAAAAUGAUGACUGUCCUAUUAAAUAUGGAGAAAAGAAAACUAAUGAGAAAUGGGAUCUCACUGUACAUUACUAUUGUUUGUUGAUGUCAAGUGGAAUUUGGCAGAGGGGUAAAGAAGAAGAAGGAGUUUAUGGUUUUCUAAUAGAAGAUAUCAGGAAAGAAGUGACUAGGGCUUCUAAACUGAAAUGCAGUGUUUGCAAGAAAACUGGUGCUUCAAUUGGAUGUGUUGCACCCCGAUGUAAACGAAGUUAUCAUUUCCCAUGUGGACUUCAGAAAGAAUGUAUUUUCCAGUUCACUGGCAAUUUUGCGUCAUUUUGUUGGAACCAUCGACCUGUUCAAAUAAUUACAUCUAACAAUUAUAGAGACUCCUUACCGUGCACCAUUUGCUUGGAAUUUAUUGCACCUACUCCAACUUACAGUGUAUUACGAAGUCCUUGUUGUAAGAAUGCUUGGUUUCAUAGAGACUGUUUACAGGUUCAAGCAAUAAAUGCAGGAGUGUUUUUCUUUAGGUGCACAGUAUGCAAUAAUAGUGAUAUAUUUCAGAAAGAGAUGUUGAGAAUGGGAAUUCAUAUUCCUGAAAAAGAUGCGUCUUGGGAAUUAGAGGAAAAUGCUUAUCAAGACCUUCUGCAGCACUAUGAACAUUGUGAUGUCCGAAGAUGUCGUUGCAAAGAAGGGCGAGACUAUAAUGUGCCUGAUAGCAAAUGGGAAAUAAAGCGCUGUCAGUGUUGCGGUUCUAGCGGAACACAUUUAGCCUGUUCCUCACUACAGUCCUGGGAACAGAAUUGGGAGUGUUUGGAAUGUAGAAGUAUUCUCUACAAUUCAGGUGAUUUCCAAAAACCCAAAAAACACACAUUACCCAACACUAAUGUGGGAAUAACUGAUUGUUUGUUAGAGGAAUCCUCACCUAAAUUACCCAGACAGUCACCUGGAGCCCAGCGUAAAGAUCUGCUGAGGCAAGGCAGCAAAUUUAAAAGAGAUAUUUCGACUCUAAUAAUAGAGUUAGGAUUCCAAAUUAAAAAAAAAGCUAAAAGAUUAUAUAUCAACAAAGCUAAUAUUUGGAAUAGUGCCUUAGAUGGAUUCAGAAAUCAAAACUUUAAUCCUUCGUACUCAAUUGAAGUAGUGUAUGUUAAUGAAAAUGAUCAUUUUGGAAGAGAGCAUCCUGGAUCAAAGCAAGAAUUCCUGUGUCUCUUAAUGCAGCAACUUGAGAACUCACCGUUGUUUGAAGGGUCCUUGUCAAAGAACUUGUCUCUAAAUUCUCAAGCUCUGAAAGAGAAUCUUUACUAUGAGGCUGGCAAAAUGCUUGCCAUUUCUUUGGUUCAUGGUGGUCCUUCACCUGGUUUCUUUUCUAAAACCUUAUUUAACUGCCUUGUUUAUGGACCAGAAAAUACCCAACCAAUUUUAGACGAUGUUUCAGACUUUGAUGUGGCACAGAUUAUAAUCAGGAUAAAUACUGCAACAAAUUUGGCUGACUUAAACUCUUUAGUAAAUGAAUGUUUUAACUACCUGGAGCUUAUUGGAUGUCUAAGACUUAUAACAUCAAUAAGUGAUAAAUAUAUGUUGGCAAAAGACAUACUUGUUUAUCAUGUAAUUAAGAGAGUCCAAGCACCUUUUGAAAGUUUUAAACAGGGUCUGAAAACUCUUGGUGUUUUGGAGAAAAUUCAGACUUACCCAGAAGCAUUUUGUAGCAUCUUCUGUCAUAAACCUGAGAAUCUUUCUGCAAAAAUUCUUAGUGAUCUUUUUACAGUACGCACAUUAUCUGAUGUACAGGCGUUGGGAUUUUGGAAUAGUUACUUACAGGCUGUGGAGGAUGGUAAAUCUACAGUAACAAUGGAAGACAUUCUUAUUUUUGCAACUGGUUGCAAUUCCAUUCCACCUGCUGGAUUUAAACCCACUCCUUCAAUUGAGUGCCUUCAUAUGGACUUUCCUGUUGGAAACAAGUGUAAUAACUCUUUAGCUCUUCCAAUCACCAGUACAUAUAAAGAAUUUCAAGAAAAUAUGGACUUUGCCAUAAAAAACACGCUAAGAUUAGAAAAGGAAGAAAAUUGUCACUUCAUUGGACCUUAAGUGUUUUGAACAAGAGGUGUUUCUUUAAAAGCUGCUUGCUAUUGAUGCUUUUUGUUUAAGAAGUCUGUUCAUCAUUACUGUUAAACAAAGUUGUCAGCUUCUUGGCCCAAUAAAAUUUAUGAUAUAAGCAUAAAGGAAUGUUUUAGCCAUUUAAGCUAAAAAGUUUUUUUGCUACGGUAUACCAGUCAGAGUUGAUAUUUUUCUGUUUCUUAAUAUACGUGCUUCAUAAAUCUCAAUAUAAAUAAUUUUAGAACAUAUAUGUACAGACUUUCUUCAAGUAUAGUAGCAUGGUAUAUAAGAAGAAAACUUGAACUCACUGUUUUUGUAAACUAGAAUUAGCUAUAGGUUGCCACAGUGAUUUUCCUUGUUUUAUGCAAUUUUCAAAAAAUUAUUACUUAUUUUAAAGCAUUAAAUAGGAAAGCUAAAUGAUAAAUCUUGUUAUAUAAAUCAAAGGCAUAUAUUUUGGGGUAUCUGUUUAUGUAUCCUUUUCUAGGGUGGCACUAAAUUAGCUUAAAAUAUUUUAGAUGAUUGAUUUAUAUUAAAAUAGACCCACGCUGCAGUUAGACUUUGCCUAAUGGGAAGUAUUAUAUAAAAAGCAGAAUUGCACAAAUAUUCUAGAAUCUAUGGACAUUCCAUAGUAUUAAAACACUUCUGAGGUGGAUAAAAUAUAGUUGAAGAUUCCUAAGUGUCUUCUUCAAAACCUUGGCUGUAAUCAUGGGAUUUUUCCCCCCUGUAUCUCAUAUGUGAUAUUAAAUCAUGUUAUGUCUGAUUCAGAAUCAUUUUAGGUAUCUGAAUGGAGUGAUCUCUGUAGAUUGCCAUUUGGUAGGUUUGGCUAUUUGACAUUUAUUAUCAGAAUGGUUGUAUGAUAGUUAAGUUGGCUCCAUUGCAUUAUACAGUUAUCUUAUUUGCUUUUGAAAGAUAUAUAAACAAUAUAGAAAUGUGUAAGAAUUACAAAUAGAAUGAAAAACCCACUCUAAUCUCACCAUGCAGAAUUAACUACUGUGUCCCUGUAUAUUCUUUUAUAAACUCUUAGUUUCAUUUCCUUUUUAAUGGUCUAAAAAUCAAAAAAUCUCUAAAAGUAACAAAUUAUGUAAUAACAAUUUGAAGAUACAUAAUCCCAUAGUUGUAUCUCCAAAUGUAUACUCUUGCAAAGGAAGAAAUUGGAGAAGUCUAACGUCCCUAAUCUAUUAUCAAAUAUAAAUGGGUUUUUCACCAGAAUAAGUCAAAUGAGAGAUAAAUUGCUUGGUUUUAAGCACAUUUUUCUUGCUACACAAAGCAGAUAUCAGCCAUUGUCAUAUUCUCGUUGUCCCCAAGAAGUAUCCUUAAAUUACUGAUAAUUUUAAAGACAAAAGACAGGAUUGAUAUGAUACUGGUAAUAUGUCUCUGAAUACCAAAGGAAAAAUGAAACAAUCCUAGUAUAUUUUCUUUGUUACAUUUACUAACAGACCCCACAAAUUAAAAUUUCACUUUAACUUGGAAGAUUUUAAAACAUUAAACAAGUCAUUUCUUUGUCUUGUGUUGAAUUCUGUUAAAUUAUCAAAAGUAAUUAAAGGAUCAGUAAAAAAGAGGUUUAAUAUAUAAGAUAAACCUCGGCCUCACCAUUAUAGCUUUUCUUCCAGAUGUAUUGAUAAAUUGGGUAUUUUAUUUCUUAAUCUAAAUAGUUUUUGUAAAAUUAAAAAGCCAUUAAACCAAUACAAACUAAAAAACUCUAAUUAAACCUUUUUUCUAGUUAUUUGUUGUUUGAAUUAGUUUUCCCUACAGUAGUAAGUAAAGCUGUUAAACACAUAAUUUUAGAUUGGAGAGAGCUGGUAGGAAAGCAGUGUGCUUCAGUGGCUACAAUUAAAAGCAGUGUUUCAAAUCUUUUAUGUGUAAACAGGGCCUUAGGGAUAAGGUGGUGUAAAUAAUAACUUAGGAUAUUCACGUUUUAAAGUGAAGCAUAUAUAUUCAUAUUGCAAAAUAUUUUCUGGCUUUAAGAAUGUUCCAUUAGUAUGAUUUUUAGAUUAAUGUGUAUCAUCAAGGUAUAUCAGAGAGUCCUAUAGGUUAUCUUUUGCAGUGUUGCUGUGUCAAAUGAUUGGUAUUAUGUUUGUUCUUUUUCUAUUCAUUGUUACAGCCAAUGCACAGUUCUUACUGGCAUUGAUUUAAAAAAGGAAUUAUGCUAUAAACCUUUAUAAAUAUGUACAUGUAUUUCUUAAAUAUUUCAAUUGUCUAAAUGCUGUAUAUUUCAAGCAUGUUUUCUGUUGCUCUAUCAAGAAAAAGUACAAAUUUGCCUCUUACACAUCUACUAUUAAUGGUCUUAACGUUAGUUUUAUAUUCAUUGUUUUUAAACAAUUUUUAAACUUUGGUGUGGGAACUUCAUCUGAAGGCAUUUUAUAUAAUUCUCUACUAUUCUUGUACUUAGUCAUUUUACUAUUUUAGUAUUUAAGAUAAAGAUUCUUCAAAUAUCAGAAACUAGCUCAUGAUUUUAUACUUUGUAAUAUUUAAUUUCCAUAUGGGUUUGAGUCAAGUAAAAAGCCUUUAUUUGAUUACUAACUUGAGAAUUCCCUUUGGCUUUUACUUUAUUCCAAACUUAUUAUAAUUUGUUCCCCUAACUAUAUGGAAGCUGUUGGAACUUUUGUACUCAAUGCUAAAUAUGUAGGAAAGGAGAGUAUGUAAUAGGUAAGUUUUCUCAGUGAGUUUGCCUUUUACAUUCCGUGGUUAUAAGAAAAUGAUGAGAGCAAGAUUCUAUUUAUAAAUAUGUGAUUCUUGUAUAUAGUGAUUAUCACAUGCUUCAUUUUGUUACUUUUGCAAUAAGCUAUUAAACUAGGUUUUAUGCUCUAAGUAAUGCAAUGUAAAGGAUAAAAACAAAUUGAUGGAUUACUUGAAAUGUGUAUUACCUAUAGUUUAGAAAAAUUUGGAUUGCUUUGAAGAAACCCAAUUUUCAGGUUCUCAUUUUGACUGUUAUCUUUUCAAAUUGCCAUAUUCCAAUGUCUACUGUAUGCCAGGUAUUAAGUGAUAGUCUUUGUCAGCCUAGUUCCCCUUUUUUUAAAAGACCUCAGAAAUAACCAAAAAACAUGACACUUACAAUGAAGUUUUCUAAAUAAAGAUACUACUAAAUGUGAAGUGCUUACAUAAACUAAAUUAAGUAACUUGUUAGGAUUUAACAAGGUUAAGAUUCUGCUAAUUCUAAGUAGUUAAAAGAUUCUUUCCUCUCCACAUCUGAGAGAUCCUGCAAGCAAUUGGUGGCCAACAACUUCUCUUGAAUGAGCUGUUCUGAGGUAUUCUGUGUUAAAACUAUCUACCCCCUAAUGUAAAAUAAUAGUUUGCUGGAAUAAAUUAUUUAAACCAAAAA